AUGAUCAGACAUGGAAAAAGAGCUCCAGGAAAAGCAUUUGGAGACAUUAAAAAAACUGGCGAAUGGAUAUGUGAUGAUAACUCAUCAUAUUCACCAAGAUUAAAUCCUGCUCCAGUUCAACAUUCGAAACUUUACCACAUUGUUUACGAGCCAGGUGUCCUUCCAUAUCAACCACAAUGCAGAAAAGAAGAUCUUCUUUCAGAUGGUAUGAACGAUUUAUACGAACUCGGCAAGUUUUACAAGAGUUACUAUGUUGAUGAAAUGAAGCUUCUUGGCGAAGCUUUCUGGCCAUGGAAUGUCUUGUUCAGAGGUUCUGAGAAAGAUAGAACCCUUCGUUCUGGUGUUUCUUUCAUGAAUGGCAUGUUCGAGCCAAAAUCACCAAACGAAGUCAUUGAAUACAUCACAGACAAUGAUGCUGCAGGUUUAGUUCAUCCAUCAGUUGAUUGGUGCCCAGAACUUGAUGAAGCUUCGAAUUUAUACUUCAAUUCUCAAGAAUGGCAAGAUAUUUUCAACAGUUUCUCAAACAAAUACAAGACAAUACUCGAAUCCCAUGGCAUCAAGUGGAAUUUCAAGAACGUUAAGAAAUUCACUGCUUAUACUUUGAUUGUUGACUGUACAAACCAUACAAACGAAGCCUGGAUUACCGAUGAAAUGCUCCUGGAUUUCGCCAGGUUCAUGUCCCAAUACAACAGAGGCCCAGUCUACUACAAAGGAAACUUUUACGGAUAUGCCGGUUCUCCGAUGUUCCGUGAAUUCUUCAGAGUUGCCGAUGAAAAGAUCGCAAUGCAGAACGACUACAAAUUUGUACUCUAUUCCUCUCACGAUGCAGCCCUUCUUGCGAUUUUGAGUCUCCUUGGAGAUUAUGAAGGCCAAUACAACCCUCCUUUCGGAUCGCAUGUGGCUUUUGAGAUGUGGGAUGUCAAUGGAAAAAUAAUGUGCAGGUUUGUAUUCAACGGAAACCCAAUAAAACUCGAUCUUUUCAAUGGAGAAACAUUAGUUUCGUAUUCGAACUUAAAGAUGAAGUUCGCAAGCAAUGGUUACCUCAGCCAUUGUAUUAUUCCUAAUUGGCCUAAAUAA